AUAAAAAUAUACUCAAUAAAUAAUUUUUUAUGCACAUAACAGAAUUCAAAAAACAAAAAUAGAUACACAUGUUAAUUAAAGGGAUAUUUCUGCAGGAAAUCAGUAUUUUACUGUAAUGAGAUAUAGGCUGCUUUUCUUUAGGAAAUAGUUAAUAUAAAAUAUUGUUUCAUGUUUGUUAUUUCAUUGAAUAGAAUGAUAGAACGACAUUUGUGUAGAUUGUCUUUUAAAAAAAAGCAACCAUAGUGUUAUAUACAUUUACGUAGACUGUGGAACUCGUCUAUAUUUGUGAAAUUUCCUAACCUAAAAGGACUAUCACAUUAAAUGCAUUACAAUUUUUACGAUUUUAAACAUUAUUUCAAUAUUGGGAGAAUAUAGAAUAAAGAAUAAAUUGGAAUAAACUCCUCAGAAUCACAGAACAACGGUGUACUCCAGUAUGCUCCAAUAUACUCAAUAUACGACGCAUGCGUAAAACUGUAAUGAUGCAUUCACACUGCACAGUGCGUAAACAUCUGACGUACGACGAUACGAUGGUAUUCAAUUGGCGCAUUCUCAACAAUUAAAUAAAUGCUCGCUGUUGGUUUCUUCCAUUAUAGUUUUGCCGACAGAUUAUUAUUUAUUUUUGUACCUUGACUUCGAAUUAACAAGAUGUGAAUUAUUUUCGUGUCAUUACUCUGAAUAUAGGAUCAUUUAUAUUGGCCAUAAUCUGUAAGAAUUAACCAAUCACAAUCAAAUGAAAGAGGAAUAAUCGACUAUGAUUGAAUUUCAGAUGUCCCCCUUGGUGCCCCUGUAAAGCUUGUGCCCACAAUGCUAGAAAUCGAUCCGAGAUCUCGGAUAGAAUUAACAAAUCACAUUUGAACAAUUCAAUUACAUGAUCAAUACGAUUGGUCAACUCUACCUUUAUGAGACUUCAGACUGAUUUCUAAUAUUGUAGACACCAGGCUUAAGAAAAGAUCUCAACGUAUUGGCAAGACUGCAAUGAACAUUGAACGAAUUUACAGAAACACGAAAGUUCGUUGUUACUCGUAUUUAUUGCACAAAUAAAUCACAUAAGUUUGAUUGUUAUAUGCAACGAAUAUUGAAUCUGAUUGAGUGCUGACAUUUGAUGGAAUGAAGGAAUUCAAGAAUUAAAUGGCUUAUAUUUACAAAUAAAAUAUGUAUCCGAAUAUCUGCUAAUUAUUCACUAUGUAUACGCAGCUUUAAAUAUCUUUGCGAUAUUUUAAGGGUCGAUUGUUCCACCUUUUAGUAAAUUUUAUCAAUUAAGUAAAUAUCUGGCAAUCCGCGCGUGUGAUUGGAUAAUUUUGCUACUUACCCAACAGAUAAAUUAAAAAAAUGAAAUAACCGGGUUUAAAUAAUGCUGAAUCGAUUCCGAGGAAGGAGCGGAGGCCAUUUUAUAACAAAGAUUAAAUGAUAACUCAGUGUUUAGCGCCUUGUUUAUACGAGACCUUCCAAUUAUACCUACAAUAUGUCGAAGCUCGUAGCUGGAAAACUGGCAUUUGUUACCGGUGCUGGAAGCGGUAUUGGAAGAGAGGUAUGUCGAGUUUUUGCUCGAGAAGGCGCUAUCGUUGUUGCAACUGAUCAAAAUAUCAAAACUGCUGCGGAAACUGUAACCACUUUGGAAGGUACCGGACAUACUGCAUUGGAUGUUCAAGUCACUGAUCGGAACAGUGUGGAGACAGCAUUUAAACAUGUCUUGAAGCAAUUUUCAAGACCACCUACUGUCAUUGUUAAUUCAGCGGGCAUUACACGAGAUAACUUUUUAGUCAAACUCAGUGACAAUAAUUUUGACGAUGUAAUCAAUGUCAAUUUAAAAGGUACUUUUCUAGUUAUGCAAACUGCAGUCAAAGCAAUGAUAGAAGCAAAUGUAACCAAAGAUUCCUCGAUUAUCAAUAUCGGUUCAAUUGUUGGUAAAAAUGGGAAUAUUGGACAAAGUAAUUACAGUGCAUCCAAAGCUGGAGUUGUAGCUAUGACAAAGAGCGCUUCUAUGGAAUUUGGACAAUUUGGUAUUCGAGUGAACGUAGUACUGCCCGGUUUUAUAGAUACUUCUAUGACUAUGACUGUGCCGGAUAAAGUUAAAGAAUUAUUUAUAAAAAAUGUAUCAUUGCAAAGAAUGGGAAAACCACAAGAAAUGGCAGAGGUUAUUGCAUUUUUAGCUUCUGAUAAGAGUUCUUAUGUAAACGGAGCAUCUAUUGAAGUUACUGGAGGAAUGCAUUAAGUUUCAUUAAGAACAUUAAGUUUUUAUUACGAAUGUUAAAUAUCUAUAUUCUUUAACAUUUAAUAAUAUAUUAUUG